UUCUCACAAGGGAAAAAUCAGUUCUUAUCCCUGGAUCCCAUGCAAUUGUCCUUGCCUUUCUUCAUGAGGAAGAUUUCACUGAGGAGACCAGAAAGGUUCUACAGGAUUUGAAGAUUUUUGGAGAAAGUUUCUGGAAGCACGUCAUUGUGCUGUUCACAAAUAAAGAUACCUGCAUAAGAGGAGAAGUGUUGCAGUGGCUCCUAGAAAAAUGUAAACACAGAUACUACAUUGCUGGAACUGGCCCUGAGAUUACUCAAACCAUGGAGCUCUCAGACAGGAUUAUGAAAAUGAUAUCAAAAAAUAACAACAUGCACUUCAUAAUCCCAGCGACUGUGUCCUCUAUGAAGAUGGUUAAAGAGUCAGAAAGUGAGAAAGGUGACUUUUUCAUUCCAGAAAUGACAACUGAAAUGGGGAAAUCAGGGUACAGGUUUCAAUGCAGCCAUGCUGGUUGGUUCCAUUGUACAGCAACCAAUCUUAGGUUCAGAAUGGAUGGAGAAGGUGAAGUAUUGUACACUACUGUAGACCUAGACAGCAGCUGCCCAGUCUCCACCAAUUAUUACGCAGCCGGUCCUCUCUAUGACAUCAAAUGUGUUCAGGGUGAGCUCUCUCAGCUCCAGCUCCCUCACUGUGAGAUAUCCCCAGAAGAUGACUGUAACUUCAUGACUGUGGGACAUUACACCGAUGACAGUGAGGAGGUCCUGACACCUGAGUAUAUGUCACAUACACACGUGAAAGUGACUGUUCAAGGAAAUUCACGGUUUCGACUUAAAGACAUAUGGAAUCUGUUUAAGAGCAAGAUCAGAGGACAGGUAAUAGUGAUGUAUCACCCACGACCAAAACAUUGGCUGCAUGUAUUUUUACACCCUUGGAAUGUGGACCCUAAAAAGCUGUGUGAAGACGGCGGCCAACGCAUACCAGGACCAUGUGACUGUGACCUUAUACAUGCCCAUCGAUACAACAUCUCAUGUAAAGAUAUAGAAAAUCCACACAGGCAACAAAGAGUACAAGCCAGUGACGGUCUUUUCCUGAGAAAUAAAAACACUGACAAUCCAACAUUUGUGAUACGCUUAGAAGAAAACACAAUGAAUAUAAAGUUACAACUAAUAAAGGACAGUGCAAAAACAAAAGUCUGGGAAUAUGAUUUGCCAUCUCUUAAAGAUUUUCAGAAAACACUCCCUUCAUUGGAUGAAAGGACAUUGCAGACAGAUCUGGUUCAGAGUCCUGUCACUCCUGCUAACUGCUCUGCUGUUGUGAGAGCUGAACAUGGCAGCACUGCUAUCACUCCUGCCCUCACCAGCAACAACUUCUAUGGCUCAUCUGUCAUCAACCUAAACUCGACUGGUGCUGGAAAUGGUUGACAUCUUCCAGUUUUGCGUUGACCUACACUCUACACAAGAUGUCUGUCAGUAACCAGCUCAACGAAUAAGGAGUGACCUAAUAUUGAAAAGCCCUCGACCGAUGAGCAGCAGCAAAAUGGCUUUUGAAAUGCUUCUUGUUCUCUUUGCCUCUUUGGUAGCCUAGUCAGUUUUUCACUAUAUUUUAGGCCAGUGUUGUCACAGCUGGGAGUGUUAUUAAUGUGUUUUAUUAUGGUGUUGAAUUACUGAAGCUUGUGUGGGCUGGAAGAUUUAGAACUUACUUUCUUCAUAACACACUGCCAAAAACAUAUUACAUGUAGAAGUAUUUACAUGAUAAAAAUGACUUGGAAAUGUACCUUGUAAGUGUUUUAGGUAACCCCUUAUAAUAAUGUUUUUUUUUUUCAAUUUAUAAGACAUCUCUUAGGUUAGAGUUAUACAUCAGUAAUAUACUGACAUUAGCUUAUAUCAGACAUUUAUACAACAGUUAGUUCUGGCCACGCAAGCUGAUUGGUUGAGAGGCAUUCUAACCGUGCUGUUAUUUCACCAUAACAUAACGUUUUUUUCACAAACACUGUAUCACUCUGCUAAGUUUGACGAGUUUGUACUUCUUACUUUGUACACAAACAGAAAAUGGACACUUUUAAGAUCGCAUUAGGACCGACAGCCGAUUUGAUCAGACUCUGAAGAUGAGAUUUCACUACACUCCCAAA